AGAAGAACCUCACCAAAAAAGCUUGAAAUGUUUUGAGGAAGUCCUCAUCUAUGAUUUCUAUUACAUGCCUCUCAACUCAUCUUAAAACCCACUUUCUAUACUUACCCUUGAUUUUCUCCAACAAUGCUUCUUCACCUGUCAAGAAGAAAAUGAUCACGUCUUCUUUGUCUCCAACCCACCUCUCUAGACUCACCCAUCUUCACUUCUCCCCGGAAACCAACCCACUACUCGCACUUUUCAAAAACUGUAAAUCCAUGGACCAUCUUAAAGGAAUCCACUCACAAGCAAUUCAAAAAGGGCUCCUUUGCCCCAUCGUGAAUGCUAAAAUCGUGGCCUUCUGUUGUACUAACGAAUCAGGCGAUAUGAACUACGCCCGUCUUGUGUUUGACAGAAUUCCUGAACCGAAUGUUUUCAUGUGGAAUACAAUCAUCAAGGGCUAUUCUAGGAUAGACUGCCCUGAAACCGCGGUGUCUCGGUACACAGAGAUGUUAAAAAAAAAUGUAAAGCCUGACAAUUACACAUUCCCAUUUUUGCUCAAGGGAUUUACGAGCAAUACUGCAUUAGAGUGCGGAAAAGCAAUACAUGCUCAUAUAUAUAAGCUUGGGUUUGAUUCUAAUGAGUUUGUUCAGCAUGCAUUGAUACAUAUGCAUUGUUUGUGUGGGCGGAUUGAUAUAGCUCGUGGGGUUUUUGAUACGAGUUCAAAAGUUGAUGUGAUCAUGUGGAAUACAAUGAUAUCUGGGUACAACAGAAGUAAGCAAUUUGAAGAAUCAAGGAGACUUUUUGAUGCAAUGGAGGAGAAGAGAAUAAUGCCCACUUCAGUUACUCUCGUGUCGGUGCUGUCGGCCUGCUCAGAAUUGAAAGAUCUAGAUGCUGGAAAGCGAAUUCAUCAGUAUGUUAAAGAUUGCAUGGUUGAGCCCAAUGUGAUAUUGGAAAAUGCUUUACUAGAUAUGUAUUCAGCUUGUGGGGAGAUGGAUGUUGCCCUUGGCGUUUUUGACAGUAUGAAGAAAAGAGAUGUGAUAUCAUGGACUACUAUUGUAACAGGAUUUGUGAACUUUGGACAGGUUGACCUAGCUCGACAAUAUUUUGAUCAAAUGCCUAAGAGGGACUCUGUUGCAUGGACGGCAAUGAUUGAUGGGUACCUCCGACAGAAUCAAUUCAAAGAGGUUUUAAUGCUUUUCCGUCAAAUGCAAAAUGCAAAGAUAAAACCUAAUGAGUUCACCAUGGUUAGCAUUCUUACUGCUUGUGCACAUUUGGGGGCACUUGGAUUAGGGGAAUGGAUUAAAGCAUACAUUGACAAGAACAAGGUGAAAAACGACAUUUGUUUGGGCAAUGCUUUAAUAAACAUGUAUUUUAAAUGUGGAAGUGUAGAAAAUGCGUUAGGGUUAUUUGAAAAAAUGCCUCGGAAGGACAAAUUCACAUGGACUGCCAUGAUUGUUGGUCUUGCCAUUAAUGGAAAUGGAAAAGAAGCUCUUGAUAUGUUCUCUCAGAUGCUGAGAGCUUCAGUAACUCCUGAUGACGUAACUUAUAUUGGUGUUCUAUGUGCAUGUACUCACGCUGGUAUGGUAGAUGCAGGAAGAAUGUUCUUUGCCAGCAUGAUCACUCUGCAUGGAAUUGAGCCCAAUGUAGAGCAUUAUGGGUGCUUGGUUGAUCUUCUUGGUAGAGCCGGGCGUCUGACAGAAGCUUAUGAGGUUAUAAAGAAUAUGCCUAUGAGCCCAAAUUCAGUUGUAUGGAGAGCUCUGCUUGGUGCUUGUAGAGUACAUAAAGAUGUACAAAUGGCCGAGAUGGCUGCCACACAACUUCUUCGCUUAGAGCCUCAAAAUGGGGCUGUUUAUGUUCUCUUAUGUAAUAUAUUUGCAGCUUGCAAGAGAUGGGAAAAUUUACGGGAAGUAAGAAAAAUAAUGAUGGAAAGGCGAAUCAAGAAAACCCCAGGUUGUAGUAUGAUAGAGAUGAAUGGUAUAGUUCAUGAAUUCGUAGCUGGGGAUCAAUCUCAUCUUCAAUCUCAAGAAAUCUACUCAAAGUUGGAAACAAUGACACAGGAUUUGAAAUUUGCAGGGUUUUCACCUGAGGUGUUCCUUGAUGUAGGAGAAGAGGAAAAAGAGAAUGCAGUUAACCAGCAUGUUGAGAAGUUGGCUAUUGCCUUUGGGCUGAUCAGUUCGGAAGUUGGCUAUUGCCUUUGGGUUGAUCAGUUCAGGACCUGGAGUAACGAUUAG